GUCCGGACCGAAUUUAUUCAUUUUAUUGAAAGUUUUUCUUCUCCCUAGUACCCACUUCAAGAUUAACUCUUUCACUUUUCAGAUCUCUAAACACACUUUCUCUCUGUUCAAUUUUUCAAGUUUUGUAUCAAAAAAAGUUUUCAAGUUUAGUAUAUGUACAACAAACGGAACCCUAACCAUGAAUCCAAAUACUAAUCGAUUUGAGCCAGUGGCUGCCUCUCUCUCUCUCUCUAAGUUUCAUCCCGAAUCCCAACCCCAAAACUGUUACCCUUAGAUCAUUUUUUUAAAAAAAUGGCUCACAUCUAAGAGAAAGGUUCGGCGAUGCUAGGGUUACGGGAACCGGAUGAAUAUGAGAUCGCUGUCUGUGGGUAUACGUCGGAUUUGGGGGGUAAAAAUCUACAGUCAGAAUGGUAUGCCAUUAAGGUCCCGAACCCAGGCCCCUCCCGACACCGAUACGUCGGAUUUGGAGAGACACAAAUUGAUCCUCCUUGUGCAAAGGCAAAUGUAAAUGGAACAAUUAAGACGGAGCCGCUCCAUCCGUUAUCGAUAGUCAGGAUGAUGCACCAAAGCACGCAACAUGCAUUCCUUGACCUUGAUCAGCAUAUGGAUUCUGGAUCGUCCUAUCUGUAUUCCCUUGGUUCUGAUAGUGAUGGUGACGCUGCUCAUCCAUUCGAAUCCAAAAGAUAUCGUAAAGUGUGGAGCUUAAACGUUAACAAGCCUGAUGCUGGUUGGGAAGCUGUUCCGCUCACGACUAUGACUUUUCCUAAUAGGUACAACCCUCAAUCGGUAGUACUCCGCCAUAAGUUAUAUGUGUUGGGUGGUUUUUCCAGAUCUCAAUUUUCAGCUGCAAAAAGGGAUGGCUGGAUGGAGUCUUAUCACCCCUUAUCGGGAUGGAAACCCUUGCCCAAUCCUCCAUCUGGUUUUUCCUUUAACGAUGAUCCUCUCAUUUUCACUGCUCUUGAUGAUGAAGAAAAGAUUCUUGUAGCUCAAUAUAAUCAUGACGAUAUGAACUGUGAUUCUGCUACGUUCUAUGUUUAUGAUGUGAAGAUCGGACGUUGGAUAACACUUGAUCCUCCGGUGCGCAAGCUACUUGCUCGGUAUCCUGACCGGACUGGUAGAAGAUCUGUAGCUGUUGGUAAUACUCUGUAUUGGGGUUCGUUUGAAGACGAGGAUAUCAAUGUACAAGCUUACGAUCUAGAUAAGGAUAUUUGGUUCCACGGCAGUUUCAACAUUCGCCCUGUUCUUGGGAAAGAUGAAUUUCUGGCCGAUAAUGUAUUUCCAGCAUCACCUCCUUUGCUUCAUUUGGCUAAUCAGAAAUUCUGUCUUUUCUUGCUCACCUCCAUCUAUGAUGAGAAAAACUGCAGAGUUAGUAAUCUUUACCUUAAUUGUCUCAUACUUAAUGUUUCUCCGAUUAAUGCUCCUGACAAUCACCAGCACGAUUACUAUGACCAUGUAUGUUACAAAGUCCGUGGUGAUGUCAAUGUCGAUGACAAGGAGUACAAGGCCAAUUACCAUGUCCAUCCUCAUAACCAUUUCUGGAGGCUGAGUAUUUCCAUUGCGUCCAUCCAAAAGUAUCCCUUGGUUAAUCCCAUACAGCUCGGGGAUGCUGUGGUUCUGAAGCGUCCAUUGUGGCCCCCAUUGUUGCAAUCGAUGUCAAGAUUGAUGUUACGAUUGGUCGAAUCUAUGAAACAUCUCCUAUCCUUGGCUCGCCAUAUGGGUGAGUUGUGGUACAAGUUGUGGCGCUAAACUUAUUCCCUUGAAAUAGGACCCUGGCUUUCCCAAAUUCCCCAUAAGAAGAUUGUCCACUACUUUAGAGAAGCCAAUAAGUGUGCGGAUGCUCUUGCCAAGAUAGGAACAAGCCCAAGGUAGUCAAAGGCAAAAGGCGACCUUAAGGCACCAAGGCCUUGUAUUGCUCGAGGUGUGAGGCUACAAAAAGGCACCAACCCGAGUAAAGCGAGGCGCCAAGUUCUAAACAUAUUUAUUAUACAUAUAGAACUUAAAUCUUAUGUACCUAGUGUAUUAAAAUAUUAUAAUGAAGUGUUUUUAAAUGUGUAGCAUGAAGAAAUUAGGUCUAUCAAAUUAUUUCAAAAUAGGACUAAC